AUAAUUUCUAAAAUUCAUCAUAUAUUUUAUUGCAAAACUUGCUUAUAACCAUACAAGUCCACAACAUAUAAUAGUACGAUCCUAUUUCCUUUUUACAACGCCAACAUAUUGGUGAACUUCCCUUAUACAUUUUGGCAAGUUUUGCCAGGGUGUGGUGCCAUCGAUAAAGCAUCUUCAUGGUAUUUUCUCUCAAAUUAUAACAUGAGGUAAAUUUAAUGUCUUGCUGCCAUAGCAUUCCCCACUGUUCCAUAUUAAUAUUGUAGCCAAAGUCCUGCGCCCAUUUUAUCACAGAUGUUUUAACCUGCUCCUCUUUCACUUCCCACUCUAAAAGAUGUUCAUACAUUCUUGAUAUAUAUUUUCCCUUGUUAUAUAUUAACUCUUUUUCAAAGGCGGAAGUUUCUUUGGCAAGACCUUCUCUUUUAUCUGUGCUCAGUUUUUGGUUUAGUUGGAAUUACUGUAGCCAACCAGACAGGUGAUGUUUAAUAUCCUCAUAUUUUUUUAGGAUUGGCAUUUCUUUGUUUGGUUCUAAUAACAUCCUGUAAGUGGGCCAGUCUCCCUUCAUGUUUUUCCUUUUGAUUGCUAUCGCUUCUACUGGUGACGUACACAAAGGUAUAUUGGGUUCCAAAAUUCCUCUGUAUUUACUCCAGAUUUUAUAGAGUGAUCUUCUUACUACAUGGCCCAAGAAACCUUUGUGCACUUUCACCUUUUCAUAUAUCAGAUAGGCAUGCCACCCAAACCGGUUGUCGUGCCCCUCAAGAUCUAAUACAUUUGUAUCUUUUAGUGUAAUCCAUUUCUUUAACCAAACUAGCCAGCUGCGGCAUGGUAUAAUUCUAAAUCCGGUAAUCCAAAUCCACCUCUUUCUCUUUUAUCUAUUAAUACCUGGUGUUUGAUUCUCAGCUUAUUGCCAUUCCAGACAAAUCUGGCUAGCUCCUUUUUCCAUUCCUGAAAACAUUUCAUUCCUCCCAAAAUCGGAAGUGUUUGAAACAAAAAAAAAAGGUUGCGCUGCUUUUUCCAUUGCGUUGCCAUACAUCCAACGCCAUUUUUACACCUGGAAACCAGGACAUGUCAGGAAUUUUCCUGACAUAUGACAAGCCUAGAUUGAAGCUACGACCCAUGUGCUUUGCUUUCCCCGCCUUUUUUCAGAACAGGAGCAAGGAGUUGUAAUGACUGAAGCACUCUUUGAUAGGAGGCCAAUAAAAACACAUGGCUCUUCUGUCUUUAGGUUAGGUAGAAGGAAAAGCUUCAGCAGGUGCAAGGCUGCUCAAGCCUGCGGCAUCAUGAAGUGACCAUCUGGACCAGCUGAAAUUCCCCUCCAUCACACAACUCUUAAAGGCACAUAUUUCCAGAAGCGUGAGAUGGAAACCUUUAGCAUUAUCUCAAAAGGCCACUGGGUGCCAUUGUAGCUCCACCGACCAAACAGAGGAAACAGUUGAGGAAGGUUUUCCGUUCAUCUGUGGCCCAUCCAAAGAUGGGUAGGAAAAAGUCCCCUUCCAAGGUGCUUUUUAAAGUCACCAGUUUGUAGUGAAAACCAACUAAUGACUUCAGUUGCAGCACUGAUAUAGCAUUCAUCCAGCAAUUUGCAAUGACCAGUACAUCCUACUUAAUGGAACUGGUUUGCCUCCUCUACCAAUUACAGAACUAACAACAACAAGAACAAGUUUUAAUUUGUGACAUGACUACCUCCGGUUAAAAUAACUAGAUCCCCCCUUUUAAGAAUAGGAAUAUUUAUGGGUAGUUGCAUUUUUAAAUCGGUAUUGCUCAAAAACAGUAGUGAUCUGAAGCCAAGCCACCUGCCUCGCAAUAUUUUCUGUUUUUCAGGGUGCAAUUUUCAAGGUCACUGUCACCCUUAUACAUAAGGAAUAAAAAUCUUAAAACCUCCCUUUAGAAACUGUGACAGUGAGCAUGGCAAGGGGGCAAUAAAGACAGUGUUAUGGAAGGGGGUUAAUUGCAAAUGAUCACAGAUAAACUAUUCAACUCAGUGCAGUGAGCAUAAUGGGGAGUGAUUUCAACACCUCAGCUGUUGGGGUGAAGGAAGAUAGAAGGAAGAAGGGGGUGUUCAUGAAAACAUGAUUUCCUUAUGACUUUGUAUGCUUUAGGGUGGGAUAGCAAAGCUGAAGGCUACAUCUGGCCCAUAAAGCUGCUUCUAGCGGUCAACAAAGCUUUGCAAAAUCUGAACUUUUUCUAAGGCUAGACCCCAAAUGAAUUCAUUGAAAUAAUCGCAGUACUUUUGGAAAUAAGCCAUUAAAUGUUUAAAGGACAUUGCUAAUGUAAUACUGCAUGAUCGUCUGUAAGAAGGAACUGAUGAGGGCACUGUGAUUUCAGAAAUUGGUUUGGAGCAUUAUCAGGCAAAGACUGAGCUAUGGCCAUAAAAAGGGAAAGAACAAAAGCUAAACAGACCCACUGAAAUAUUAAUGGGUCUGAAAAUUAAUCUCAGCAUUAUAACCCUUUGUGGUCUCUUGAAUAAAAUAUUUAUUAAAUACCCUGGAUGGAGGCUCUGAGUUUUUAUUACUAUAGUGAUAAUAAAUUACAUUCAUCAUUAUAUGUAAACAAGGCUUCCAUUGUUCAAAUAUUGAUAUCUAAAGAUUAAACCCACUAGACAGCGAUGUUCAAUUUUAUUAGUAUAGUUGGACAACUCAUCUUAGCAACAGCCAAGCAUGAAACAUUUUUUUUUUAAAGUUCAGAUCAUUCUGGAAAUAAAUUAUUAAGGAGUAUACAUAUCCGGUAUGAGGAAUUAUCAAAACCCUAAAUACUAAAAACUUUUUCAAUACUAUGAUAUACACUGGCCUAGAUUUAAAAAAAAUUAUUAAACAGUGAUUGUUGCAAAAUCAGAUAAUGGAUUGGCUCAAACCCUGCUUCCAGUGUCCUGCAUUCCAAUAUGAGAUGCAUCAUAAACCAAGGAGGUUUUUUUAAAAAACAAAACAGUUUAUUAUAAAUAUUUCCAUCUUGCCAAUCCAAACAUAAUUGUGCUGUAACAGUAAGGGUAACAGCAACACAAGAGCCCAUAUUUUCACAGUCUGAUAACCUAAGUAAUUUUCCUUCUCUGCCUCUCUUUCAGUUCACUACGAGCAAGAAUAAUAUGUGCUCUGGAAUGACUUUUUCCAGGUGAUUGCAUUUGAAUUAGGGUGCUUUCACAAACUGCUCCAAAAGCACCUUUUAGCCUCUCUCACCUGCUAUCUAUGUGCAUGUGUACAAGAUUGUAAUGCACACUGCAAGUAAAAAAGCAACACGGACAAAAAAUAUGGUUCACAGGACACAGGGAAAGUGUUUUAAGAAAUCUCAUCCUUUGCCACACCUUAGAUCAAAUUCCCAACCUUUUCUUAGUGGGGAAGUAUUUUCAUACCUUCCUUUCUGGGGCAAAUUCCACGGGCUACAUGCCACUGGUAAAGGUAAAGGUACCCCUGACCAUUAGGUCCAGUCGUGACCGACUCUGGGGUUGUGCGCUCAUCUCGCUCUAUAGGCCGAGGGAGCCGCCAUUUGUCCGCAGACAGCUUCCAGGUCAUGUGGCCAGCAUGACAAAGCCGCUUCUGGAGAACCAGAGCAGCACAUGGAAAUGCCGUUUACCUUCCCGCCAGAGCGGUACCUAUUUAUCUACUUGCACUUUUGACGUGCUUUCGAACUGCUAGGUUGGCAGGAGCAGGGACCGAGCAACAGGAGCUCACCCCGUCACGGGGAUUCGAACCGCCGACCUUCUGAUCGGCAAGUCCUAGGCUCUGUGGUUUAACCCACAGCGCCACCCGCAUCCCCACAUGCCACUGGUGGGUCAGGCCAAAAGCCAAAGUGGAAAAGCAAUGACUGUAUGUAAAUUUUACAUUUUUACAGCAAGCUUAUUUCUGCACACACUCACAUACCCCUCUCUCUGUCCUCCAUCCAGACAAGCAAGGAGCAUCACCAGAGUGCAAAAACAAAUUCUAGCCAGGCAAAAAUACUCAGAGAUGUAAAGCAGAGCUGGUGAGGGUUGUGAUCUGGGCAGGGUGUGUGUGGCCUGGGGACAGUCCCAAGGGCCAGACAGAUGCUUGGGAGUGAGAGGCUGCAUUUUACCCCAGGUUCCCUACCUGAGCUAGAAUGUAAGCAUAGAUAGGAGAGUCUAGUAUAUGCAAAGUUAUUUAACUGUAUUAAUAAAAUAUUUGCAGCAUGGGUGUAGGCAGGGGGGGCAGCUGCCCCCCCCCCCGAUCAAGUAAAACAAUAGAAAUAGCUAACUGACCAAUCACAUUGGUUCUGCCCCCCAACAAAAAUCCUGCCCCCCUCAACAAAAAUCCUGGCUACGCUCAUGAUUUGCAGUGCUUGCCAGUUAUUCAGUACUUUGCCAUUCAGUGGGCAGAAAACUAAAUGGUGCAAAGAGGUUUACUGCUUAGCGAGCAGUUGGGCAGACUACUGCCUGCACACUUUUCUCCACAUGUAAUCUCUAACCAUGAGUUGAAGUCUUCAGCAUGGGUCUCUCAACCCGUUUUUUAUUAUUUAAAAAAAGAAAAGCUUAGAGAAAGGGGGCAGACUGCUACAUGCCCCCAGCAAAAUUACAGUGCAAAGAGGGUAUAUCAGAAGAUGCACAACUAGGAGGGGGGAAGCUGUACCUAUUUAAAUUCCCAUUGUUUAUGGAACAGAGAGGCCACGUCCUGGUUUGCUUGUCAAUAUUAAUUUCACGAGGCAGAGUGAUAAUGAGGCUUGGUGCAUUGUGAAUCAAGUUCGAGAAAUGGUUUGUUUUGUCACUUGGCAAAAAAAAGCGCUUAAAAAAAAAAUAAGGGAAGGGGCUCUCAUAGGCGUAGCCAAGGGGGGCAGCUGCUCCCCCCCAGAUAAAAUAAAACAAUAGAAAUAUUUAACUGACUGACCAAUCACGUCGGUUCUGCCCCCCUAGCGAAAGUCCUGCCGCUCCUAACAAAAAUCCUGGCUACGCCCAUGGGGGCUCUGAUUUUAGUCUGCAUUUAUUAUUAUUAUUUAUUUGUAUCCUGCCUUUUUUCCCUGAUGGGGAAAAUGAUGUAAAAAUGAGAACUGCUAAAUGCAUGGCGGGGGGGGGGGGGGCAUCGUUAAGAAUAAAAGUGUAAAGCUAAACAUAUACCGUACAAAUAAUUACAAUACAUAACAGUAUCUGGAUAAUUUGAUUUAUUUGCUUUUGAGGAGGAGGUGGGUAGCAACAAGGUGAGCCAUUUGGGUGACUGAAAAUGAGCGCCUAAUAAUUGCAGAACAGCGCUUUGCCAAGGCGCUCCCGGCCCCUCAAAAGAGCAUCUUCACCUGUCCCACCCAGGUGGUACAGUAGCGUAGCGACCGAUAGCUUCCUGCAGCCAAUCAGCACAGAACUGUGCCGCUUCACGACCAAUCCACGCCAAGCGGGGCGGGGCGCGACUAAACCCAAGGGCGGGAGUGGAACGUGGGCUUCCGUAGCAGCUCGGGAAGCGCGGGAAAAGAGGCUGAGAGUCGCCUGGGCGCUUCUCGCGCUUCGGGCAGCCGCAUCGGGACAACCGCCUCUGCACGAGGGGAGGCAGGGUGCUUGCUCCGCCCAUCCAGCUCCCGCGAGGGAGGCGUGAGUGAGGCUGUUAGGCGGUUGGAGGAAAGAGGUUGUUGGGGGCAAGAUGGAGGGUUGGAAAAAUCAGGGUUUAAAGUGUGGGGAGGGGGAGAUGCCAUAAGAGGAGAGGUCUCGCUUCGCUAUUAUCCGUUUCCCUUGUUGAGUUGCAGCAGGGCCCCUGAUCAUCCCCACUGGUGAGUAAAAAGGGCAUUGUACGUUCUCAGAGGCACUCUUGUUAUUCCUCAUUUUUUAAAAAAAGAAAGGGCUUUGGGUGGUUGCAGCCGACAAAGUUCUACCCAACAUUGUGUUCAUUGAGAUGAGCGGCCCCAACUUUUGUCCAUUAAUUGCAGUGGGUCUGCUCCGAAGUAGGUCUAACACUGGACACGGCCCACAUACUCUACGGCUGCAUUCCAAUGAGCCCAUGUUCAGUUCUGAAACCCUACAGUUGGUAGGUGUUAGGUUUUUUUAUAGAAAAAAAAAUCUGCUGGCUAUUGCUGCAAUUGUGUACAUAUUUAAAAUUGCAUAUGCCUGGUACUGAAGUUGAGAUGGACAAAAAUAUAUUAAUAGUUUGCCAAGAAAAAAAAAGAAAACAAAAACCACCCACCCAAGGGUACAGCAGAAUGACCAACACACCAUGAUUUGUUCGAAGUCCUCUCUGCCUGGAAUUAUCUUACUCUGAAUUUAUUUUUGACACUGGGAGGGCUGGUUAGUAUGUGGUGUUUGAUUAAAACUGCAAAGGAUUUUGUAGCAUCUUAAAGGCUAGCAGCUUUAUUGUGUUAAGUUUUUGUGGAUUAGAGUCUACUUCAUCAAAUAUGUGAUUUAUGCAUACCAUCACUUCUGUGGGAUAUAGGAACAUACGAAUCUACCUGGUACUGAGUUAGACCCAUUGGUCCACUUAGCUCUCUAAACACUGACUGGCCAUGGCUCUCCAGUAUUUCAGAUGAGAACAUUCCCUGCCCUGUCUGGAGAUGUAUGGAACUUUCUGCAUGCAAAGCAGUUGCUCUACCCCUGAACUAUGGCCCUACCCUGUGCAUGUGUGUAUAAUAACAUACAAACCUAUGCCAGCCCACAGACAAAAACCAAGGGAUGUAGGACUGCUGGGACAGCAGCUUUAGCCUCAGUUUCAUGUCUGUUACUUUCCCAGGUGAGAAUAAGAAUCUAAACCUAGCAUCUUGGGUGCUGUUUCCCAUUGUAUCUGCUUAUUCUCAGGAGCUCCUUUCAGUAUGAAUCCUUGUGGCAAGGGAGAAGAAAGAAAGGAGACUUCAGCCAGCUCUGGCUUACCCUGUUCUUCCCAUCACCUGAGAGCAUCCCCAACAGAGCAGCAUAGCAUCGAGGAGAAAUCUACCAGGGUCAAACGCCGCCGAACAAGACGAGAGCGCAACUAUGUCAAGUUUGGCAGAAAUGUUACCGGUAGGAUCCCAGAACAAAGGCCCAACCGCAGGACGCUACAGAAGACGCUGCCCCCUUUCUGGAGCUCCCAGUUUAACACCUGUCCUAAGUCGACUCCCAUCAGACCCAUCAAAGGCAGCUGUGUUGCCAAACCUCUGAUUAUAACGCAGAACAGACUCUCUCAGCCCUUUGGCAUGUUUAACAGGGAGGUGAAAUCACUUAACAUAGAGAGAUUGUUGAGCCCCAGAGCUGAGCAAGAGGUCCUGGAGAUCACUCCUAUACAAAGAGACAGUGGCAUGGAGAUGUUGCUGGAAGAAGAGAUCCAGUCCUGUGACGCUGAUCAGAAAUCUAUUCCCGGCGAUCAGUUGAGAUGCAGUGGAAAGAACCCACGUGGAGGAAAUAAGGACUCUACAUCGAUUACACAGCAUCCUGUGGCCACUCCAGGUGCAUCCCAGCCUUUAGCUGCACCUGCGGUUGUGGAGUUCAAUCAAGAGGAUUUGGAAACUGAGCCUUUUCAGGGCAAUGCCUUGAUGGACUUGAAUGAAAAGGAAAACGUCCCUCCUGUCCCCACAGCAGAAACAGAGUCAGGCAAAGGCAAAUCUCCAGUAAGGGAAUUAGCCCAGGACCUGCAAAAACUCUUGGACCUCAAGGCAAUAUUCCCUGGGCGUAACUUAAUCAGGGAAACACGUCAGGCUGUUAUCAAUAUCCUGCUGGAACAGAAGAAAACACUCCCAGAUUUAUCUGCCUUGGCACUGCUCAAGAAGUCUGCAGGUGGUUGUAACACUGACACGGCCCAUGCAGGUAAGGGGCUUGUUGAGGCUGCAGCAUAAGUAUGAACUGUGUCAAGCAGCUUGGCUGAAGCUAAGCAGCUGUUUGGCAUGCAGCAUUUGCCAUAAAUACUGAAAACAAGCAGUUUUGUGAAAUAUUGCAAUAGUGAAAACAAGAAGUGUAGAAGUCCUGCUUUUGCUUUUGGCCACCAUUCUUUAAUGACCAUGCAAGCAAGUGAUGAAUGGACUUUUUAAAAAAUCCUGCACUUUCUCAGAUGUUUUCCUUCAUGGGCUUCUCCUCAUCUUUCAUAUUCGGGGCUGGGCUGGGGAGCUUUUUCCUAUUAAGGGCUUAUUUCACUUGGAAAAGGUUAGAUGGCGGGGACAACUGAUGGUGGAUGGGGUCGGAUACUAUGAUGGUAGAAAUCUGAACCCAAACUGAGCACAUUGUAGGAUUGCAUAGCACACUUUCCUUCUCUUUGCCCAAUCUCUCCCAUUUGUUUGGGCUUUUUCCUGUUUAUCCCUCCACCUCCAUUAGCACAGGGUUGAACAGACACUAACGAGGCCUCAACUGAUAGUUGCAGAAGGCUGCACUAAAUUAGGCCACAGCCAGCUUUAAAACUUUUCAUGGUGGCCUGACCACCUUCACUGCUAAAGGCAACCUGAACCCUCCUUUACUGUUCAGGGAGCUAACUGCAGCAUUAUUCUAGAUUCAGGUAGGUAGCCGUGUUGGUCUGACACAGUUUAAAUGUAUAAAAAAAUAAAAAAAAUUGUCCAGUAGCACCCUAGAGACCAACUAAGUUUGUUCUUGGUACAGUGGUACCUCGGGUUACAUACUUAAUUCGUUCCUUAGGUCCAUUCUUAACCUGAAGCUGUUCUUGACCCAAGGUACCACUUUAGCUAACGGCCUCCCGCUGCUGCCGCAGCGCCGCCGCUGCACGAUUUCUGUUUUCAUCCUGAAGUAAAGUUCUUAAUCAGAGGUACUAUUUCUGGGUUAGCUGAGUCUGUAACCUGAAGAGUCUGUAACCCGAGGCACCACUGUAUAAGCUUUCGUGUGCAUGCACACUUCUUCAGAUACACUGAAACAGAAGUCACCAAACCCUUAUGUAUAGUGGGAGGGUGGGGUGGGGUUUUUUCUGGAGGGUAGUAGGAGAUGGGUGAUUGACUCAAUGGGUAUGGUAAACCUGUUGACGACUGUUAACAACUGCAAUUAGUCCUAGAGGAAAAAGCAAGGGAUAGUAUGCAGAUGAUUAGCAUAUGUAAUGAGACAGGAAUCCAAUAUCUCUAUUAAGACCAGGUCUCUCCGUAGUUUUCAGUUUGGUGAUAAGUUGUAAUUCAGCAACUUCUCUUUCAAGUCUGUUUCUGAAAUUCUUUUGUAAUAAGACAGUUGCUUUGAGAUCCUGUAUUGAAUGUCCUGGGAGAUUGAGAGACUGGCUUCUCUGUCUUGUAAUUCCUGAUGUCAGAUUUAUAUCCAUUUAUCCUUUGCCGUUACAGGAUCUCACCCCCACCCUCCCACUAUAUAUAAGGGUUUGGUGACUUCUGUUUCAGUGUAUCCAAAGAAGUGUGCAUGCACACGAAAGCUUAUACCAAGAACAAACUUAGUUGAUCUCUAAGGUGCUACUGGACAAUUUUUUUAUAUAUUUUGCAGCAUUAUUGGCAGUGCCACACAGGGGAAUAGUGUUGCUCUGGAAAUCUGGGUCUCACUUUACAGUGGUACCUCGGGUUACAGAGACUUCAGGUUACAGACUCCUCUAACCCAGAAAUAGUACCUCGGGAUAAGAACUUUGCUUUAGGAUGAGAACAGAAAUCACGCGGUGGCAGCAGGAGGCCCCAUUAGCUAAACUGGUACCUCAAGUUAAGAACAGUUUCAGGUUAAGAACGGACCUCCAGAACGAAUUAAGUUCUUAACCAGAGGUACCACUGUACUUGAAAAGGUUCACUGGAUCUUUGUGCAUUAUCAAAACACAUUGCGCAACGUACUAGAGUAGUAGGGGCAUAAUGAAAAAAAGAUCAUUUUGAGAAAGUGAGGUUUCCCUUUCUCAGCUAUGUCAAUAGAAACUUACAACUUGUCAGCCCCCCCCCCCAACACCAUCCCAUGUUACACUGUGGUGGGAGCUGGUUCGCUUGAACCUCAUUUCUGGUAUUUUGUGGGGGAUUAGGCUACAGUCACUGAAAAUCCUUGGAACGUACUUGGUUUACUUACUACGUUGUAUUUUGUCAAUAAAUCAAUUUUAAGAACCGUGGGGCGAAUCCUAGCAUUGCUCCAUCCUUUAUCCCUUUUUGCUUUUACUUCCUGAUAUAUCCUUGCCUGAGACCAUCGUUUCACCACUACCCUCAGCCACUCCAAAGUUCAUUUGUCCCCUGGAUUUCUACCUCUUCUCCCUCACUGUCAAAAUAUAGACAGUAAGCUUCUUGCUGCAGGGACUUGUCUUGUUUUACUUUCCACCUCUCCCUACCCUGCUGUGUUGCUUUGCACAGCAUAAUGGACUUGUAUGUCACCCUCCCGAAGGACAAAUUAACUUUGCCCUUACUCACAUUUGUAAGCUUUUGAUUCCACAUGGGAUUUUGUGUGUUCAUUUGUUCUGUCCUCUUUCAGAUUUCAAGAGCCCACCUGACAGGGACCAGAAGGAGUUGCUAUUGGGACAGAUGUCUAGCAAUGACAGCAGAAACUCUGACCAGGAGAUUUCUCUGAAAAAGCGGAGAGGACAAGCACAGUUCUUCCCCAGUAGCUUUUCUCCCUGUCCUGUACAUACAGUUGUAAGAAUGGUGAGCAUCAGAAUGUGUUAGGAUACUUUGAAAGGUCAGGUUGGUUUGAAAAGAAUGUGUUUAAACACUGGGAAGGUAUUAGUAUUAUCGUCAUCAUGAUUAUUACUAUUAAAUUUAUUGUCAGUUUUUCUCUGCCACGGCAAUUCAAGGUGACUCCCAGAAAGACACAAAACCAAACCCGCAUAAAUACAUUGAAAGCAAGUGGGGGAAAUACAUUAAAACAUCCCACAUUAUAGAUGUAUUUGAGCUGUAAAAAAAUAUUUUUAUUUAUUUUCUUACAUAUACAGGGUGAGUCUUUUAAAAGAGGCACCGUGGAACAUGUGUACUCUGUAUCCACGGGGCCUCUUUUAAAGGACUCACCCUGUAUAUCCUGCCUUCCUUCUGUGGAAGGAAGGAAACAAAGGUAGUAUACAUGUAGUAAUUAUAGAAUUGUAGAGUUGGAAGGUACCUCAAGGGUCAUCUAGUCCUGCAAUGUAGGAAUCUAGAGUAGAUCAUUCAUGACAGAUGGCCAUCCAACCUCUGUUUACUAACCUUCAAGGGAGGAGAGUCCACUGCCCUUGGUGGACCUGUCAAACAGCUCUUACUGUCAGAAAGUUCUUCCUAAUGUUUAAUCAGAAUCUCCUUUCUUGGAACUUGAGGCCAUUGGUUUGAAUCCUACCCUCCAGAGUGGGAGAGAACAAGCUCGCUCCAUUCUCCAUGUGACAGCCCUUUAGAUAUUUGAGGAUAGCUAUCAUAUUAUUUACCAGGCUAAACAUACCCAAUUCCCUCCACUGUUCCUCAUAAGGCUUGGUUUCCCUUUAUCAUCUUGGUCACCAUCCAGCCCAUAUUUUACCAGCUUCUCUGCAAGAAUAUCAUGGGGGACUUUGUCAAAAGCCUUACUGAAAUCAAGAUACACUACUUCCACACCAUUCCCUUGAUCCCCAAAGCUUGUAACUCUAUCAGAAUAAAAGAAAUUAAAUUCAUCUGGCAUGAUUUGUUUUUGAGAAACCCAUACUAGGUCUUAGUAAUCACGGCAUCCUUUUCUAAGUGCUCACAGACUGACUUUAAUUUUUCUGUUCUUGGACCAUUCCUGGUAUCAAUAUCAAGUCACUCAAACCUGCUUGUCCCCAGGAGGAUGGUGGCCUCUUGUGCCUUCAGACCACACUCUGAGUUCCAGGUUUAAGUGUCCAUUUAAGAAUGGCUUCAAGACCACAUGCCCAUGUGAACAUGCAGUGUGUGAAGCAGCCCUCAGGUUGCCGCAAGCGGACAGCUGGAAACAUCACAUUCCCUUAAGCACUUUGGGCUGAUUGUCCUAGGAGUGCGAUUACAAAUAAAUCCAUUGACAGUAGACAAACCCAAGGAGGAUGCUCAGUUGCCCUCUCACCAAAUCCUUUGCCAAAGAACAUUGCAUGUCAGACCACCAGGCUGUUAUGAGCACUAUUUGUUCUAGGAUGGGAGGUUAAUGGUACCGAGAUUAACUUCAAAACUUGCCAAAUACCUAAGCCGAUUUCAUCCAGUUGUUCCCAGGCAUUUACAAAAGGUCACAUCGCAUCAGUAGUUUUUAUUUGGGGGCCCCACAGCAGGUCAUUUUCAUCUUCUGAUCCAGAGAUUCUACUCUGUUUGGCUCCUUUUAUGCAGCAAUAUUCUUGCUAGCUACCAACCUCAAAGUACAAGAGCCCCAAAGCUCUACUGGGUUCCAACCCACCAUCAGGAAGAUGUCGAUCUAGCCUUGAUCUGUUGUUGCUGUUUUUUUACUUAUCCCAGAAGCCUUUAGAAUUGGCUUAGCGUGGGAUGAAUCAAAAUUAGCCUUAGAAGUUGAAAUGGAACAUUUGUAAGAGCAUGUCAGAAGUAUAUACAUUCCACUGAGAAGCAGAGAUAAUCUGUCCCUAUCUAAUCAUGCUCUUUCCUUUAUCUUGCCUACUUCUUGUUGUUUCCCUAUGCAGGCAGAAGAGAAGACCACCCAAAGAGAAGACUUCAGAUCCUUUGUUGAGCCACAGGCAUUUAGCCAGCACAGCUUUCCCUUGACAGCAGUUCAGCCACACUCCCAUCUUUCAUCUGCACCUUCCCAGCAUGUGAAUUUAGCCAGGAGCUCCUUUGCUGCAGAGGAACAACAUCUUUUGCAUGAUGCUUUAUUCAGAACUGCUCGGCGUUGGGAGCAAGGACUAGGGGAAGCCUUCUGUGAGUCCAGAAGCAGGCAAGAGAGGUCUGAAGUAGGUAGUAGACUACACCCAAAGAAGAGUGCUUCCAAAAGGCAUUGCCUGCCUUUUGCUACCUAUGAUUCCUUCGGUUCAGUCAAUCUGAGCGUGGAUGGCAAAGGCACCAGCCAUUACUUCUUGACUGAUUCCCAGCAACAUUCCUGUGUCUAUGAAUUAAGCCCAGAUCAAUGGAAUUUACUAGAGAUGGAGCCGGCUCCAUUCCACAGCCCGCAUCCUUCGCAGGAGCCGUGCAGUUGCCAGCCUCUGGAUUUGGGGCUCAGGCCCACGGAGAGAGCUGCCUCUGAGUCUCAGACGUCCUUUGAUGUCUUAAGAAGCAUCUGGAGCCCUAAAGUGCCCAGUAAGGGAGCCAAACUCCCCGUGUCCCAAGCUCUGGGCUACCCUUGUCUGGCUCACCAGCCAGCCACUUCCAGAGAGCUGAACGCGGAACAAGGGCAGCCAAAUGAGUUUCUUCAGCUGUACAGUAUCGUCCCUCAGCAGCACUGCUCUUCCUACAGGCAAAACCCUCAGCAAGACAAAUAUAUGCUCAGCAAACACCCAUCACACGGGACUGGGUUCUCUGUACUGGCAAAACCCAGAGCCUUCUGCCAGAAAGUCUCUGUAGAGCAAGGGAGAACAUCAAAUAGUUACCACUUCUGCGGACUGGCAGAGGCCUCCGAAAGAAUGCAAAGAAACAGAGACAAAGGGUGCUCCAGAUCCGGGAGCCAGACUCGUGAUCUGAAGCGGCUGCUUCAAAUGGAAGAAGCCCAGCAGCAGCUGCAGUUUUUCCAGCAGCUGCCUAUGUCGUAUUUCCCCCCCUCCGAGGCUCUAGAGAACAGGAACUCCCCUGACUGUGCCUUGCAAGGCCAUCUGUUGGGACAGUCCACCCCGGAGCCCUGGGCUUUCCCCCGAAUGAAGUUGUACUGAAAGGGUGUGGGGAGCCAAAUUUCUGAAUGAGAGAGGCUUGGAAAACGAGUGGAUGCUUGAUUGGUAUGAAAAGGAAAGCCAAGGUGAUCGCUUGGAAGGGCCAUUUGCUACUUUUUACCUAAAAUCACAACACACCUCCCCAAGAAUCCAGAGAACUGUAGUUCACUCCUCACAGAGCUUCCAUUUCCAACACUUUUAACAAGCUACAGUUCUCGGCAUUCUGUGUGGUGUGUGUGCAACCACACACUCGCAUAGUUCUGUGAUUUCUUUUUAUUUAAAGCACAUUUGUUUUGGGCCACUUAGAAGGCACAAAACUCUUCUCUUUCUAUUCCGGGUAUGACAGCCCAUCCUUUACAAACAUGAAGCGUAGGUUUGUUGUCUCAGUGUACCCAACAAGACACACGGGAUAAAGUCACCUGUUUCCAUUAGAUUGCCAUAUUUCAAGAUAGUAAAACUGUUCCUUUGCUUUUUCUUUUUUUAAGAGAGAGAAGGGAAUUAACUGAGGUCUCGAAUGUUUUGCUAGUGUAGGAAUAAAAAUAAAUGUGAAUCAUAAAAGUU